AUGCGUCGCUCUCAGCAGACAAGAAAUUCUACUAAUUCCAAAGCUUCUCGAUCUUCUAGGACAUCAAGUUUUACUUCAUCCAUAUCAACUCGCUCUUCGAAAAUUGAAAAAAAGUAUAAUAUACCAAUUUUACAACUUAAUACAAUUAUUUCAAACAAUCGAUCGCUUGAUUCAUGGAAAAUUGCCUCUAAGGCACUUGUUUCUGGUCAAAUUGAUACAGAUGACGCAAAUCUUUUAAAUCUCGUUAUUAAAGAUUUAGAAAGUCGAUGCAUAAUUCUCGAAAAGGAUGGAUACAUUCAAGAAUCGCAGCAAAUUAAAAAGUCACUCAAUGGAUUACAUCAAAAACAAAUUGAAUUAACAGCUCAAAUUCAAAAAGAACAAGCGGGUGCAGAUCUAUCACAAAAGCUUCAUAAAAUACAAACGUAUGAUUCGCUCGAAUCCCAAUCUAUCAAAAAUAAACUCCAAGAACUUAAUAUUAAAUUAGAUAAUCAGCGUCAAGUCAUUGAAAAGAAGCAUGAAAAAGAGAUAAAGCAACUCGAUGCCGAUUGGAAGAGCGAAAGCCGUAAGAGAAGAUACGCACAUACAUCAGUCAAACUUCGUGAAUUAAGAAGACAAGAAUCUAUUUUAUUCCAGCAACGUAAGAUGGAUGAAUACCAACGUGUUAAAUCAAUGGCUGAUGAGCUAGAGAUAAAUGAAACAGAAAAUGCCGUUAACAGAUGGGAAUCAGAUUAUAAUUCAGCCAGAACAUUACUUUUACAGAAACAAAAGAACGAAAUAGAGACAUUUGAACAAUCUGCAGAUACAAAACGUCAAGUUAUUCUACAUAGUUUUGAAAAACAAAAUGAUUUAAUUUCAAGGAAGAAAAGAGCCAUAGAAAUCCAAAACAUGAAUACUAAAGAACAGAUUAGAUCGUGGGAGAAGAGAAUGAGAAAUAGCAUUUGUGAAAUAGCUCCUCCUCAAGCACCUUUAACCAGUAGAAGAGCUCCAAGACAAAACAAUUUGCUCAAGUUACCACCACUUAAAAGUCAUACAAGAAAAUAA